CUUGGCAGCAGCAGCAGCAGCAGUCCCGUUCAGACCGAGGACCCGCGCGAAGACGUCGACAUGACUAUCAACACUUCCAGUCAAACGGUGAACACGCGAGAGCAGAUGCCGUGUUUCUCCAAGAUGGAGCGGGUGAUCAUCGCGAUGCAGGACCCGGACAUGGGCGUGAAGAUGCGGAACCAGCGGCUUCUCAUCACCGUUAUCCCGCACGCGAUGACAGGGCAGGAUAUUAUUGAUUGGCUGAUCAACAAAUACUCUAUUUCAGACGAAGAGGCCAUGCACGUAGGAAAUCUCCUGGUGAGGUUCGGCUACAUCUAUCCUCUGAAAGAGCCACGCCUGCUCAUACUGAAACCUGACGAGUCCCCAUACCGCUUCCAGACUCCAUAUUAUUGGAUCUCAUCCCGUUGGCCCGCCUCAGAGCUCGACUAUGCAAUCUAUCUAGCCAAGAAGAAUAUUCGGAAACAAGGCCAAUUGAUUGAAUAUGAAAAGGAGAACUACAAUAUGCUUCAUAAGCGAAUAAAUCACACCUGGGACUUUGUAGUGAUGCAGGCCAGGGAACAGCUCAGGGCAUCAAAGCAUCGGCGGAAGGCUGACCGCAUCGUGUUGGAGUGUCAAGAACAGGCCUUCUGGCUUGUCAACAGACCCCCGCCGGGGCUGAUGGAUAUUUUGGAAGAAGGACCAGAGAGAAAAAAUGGACUGAACACACGAGUACAACUGGUGUGACAGAAUAGUGACUUCUACAAGAAGGAGAUUGAACUGAACCGAAGGGGUCUGGGCCGGAACCGAGUGAAGUCUUCCAUUUGCCUUGAGAGCUAUGUCAAGUACAGUGAGCAGUACCAGCACCAUGACCCCAUCAUGCAGGGCUGUCUCCCUAGCAACCCGUGGAUCACUGACGACGCCCAGUACUGGAGCAUGAACGCUGACGCGGUUACUAUGCCAACAAAGCUCCGAGUGGAGCGCUGGGGAUUCAGCUUCAUGGAGCUCCUGAACGACUCAAUGGGGCGGAGAGAACUGAUGACCUACCUGGAGAAAGAGUUCAGUGCGGAGAACUUGUGUUUCUGGCAGGCCUGUGAGGACGUGAGGCACGGAGAGAGCUCCAAGAUCAGCAGCAAAGUGGACGAAGUCUACAAGAUGUUCCUGGCUCCAGGCGCUAGUCGCUGGGUGAACAUCGACAGCAAGACGAUGGAAAAGACUCUCGAGGGCAUCAAGCGUCCGCACCGCUUUGUGCUGGACGAUGCCCAGAUGCACAUCUACUUCCUCAUGAAGAAGGACUCGUACCCUCGCUACCUGAAGUCUGAUCUGUAUAAGAGCCUGCUGGCCAAAGCCAUCGUCCCUCAGGAGACCAAGAAGAGUGUGUUUCCAUUCAUGCGGCGCCAGCGCCACUCAAGCCCCUCCCCCGCCAUGGUGACACACACAGGAGAGGAGGACGGCAAGCAGCAGCAGCAGCAG